AUGAUCGCCACACCAUCCGUGGUGGUUCUUGAUGAGCCGACCACCGGGCUUGAUCCGGUCAGUCGGCGCGGCAUUUGGCAGACGAUCGCGGAGGCUGUGCCCUUGACGGCUCCGAAUCCCAUGCUUGCAAGUGGCUCAAGCACGCUUGGGCCUGAACAGUGCGGCAGCGCGCCCUCCAGCAGUGUCCCCAUGACCCCGGAGCCUGCGGUGAGCUCAGCAGCGGGGCGGCGCUGUGCCACCGCAGUGCUGGCAUCAUGCGCGGUGGGGGCGGUUUUGGCGCCAGAGGGGGCCUCCAGCGCAAGCUUCGUGCAGCUGCCAGUGACUGCAGGUCGACCUGUGCCGCUCCAUCCACUUCACCAAUCCGCCAAACGUGCUUCCUCGGGCCACGCGCGGGGUUCGGCUGCCCUGGUUGCGGGCGCACUCGCGGCAGUUGCUGCGGGGGCGGGUCGGAGAAGAGUGGGAUGCUCCGCAACCGAGCCCGAGGUGGUGGAAGCAGGUGACGUCGAGAUGGAAGGCUUUAGUUCCAUGACGCCCUUCGGCGAGGGUGAGCAGCUUCCUGUGCGUGUCUACGAGGGUGCCGAGGAGGUAGACAUGAGCGAGAAGCAGGAGCGCCCUUCCGGAUCCAACGAAGACUCCACCUACUUCUGGAAGAUGACGCAGGACAAGAGACAGCUCGAGGUCAUUGUUCCUGUCGAUGACUCCGUGCAGGCGAAAGACGUGGUAUAUCGUCUCGGCGAGGAUCCGGAGGACUCCAUGCGAGGGCCUCUGCUUCAGCUCGGCCAUCGCUACAAAGAUGAAGACGGACGUGCUAGAGAGAACCUCCUCAUCAACGGCCAGCUUCUGAAUGCCGUCCGCAGGGAAGAGUGCUUCUGGAUUCUGGACGAGAUGGUCGGUGUCAAGGUCAUCAUACUGACCGUGACGAGACCCAGCAUGAAGAGGUUUCGACAUGACCCCAUCCUGAAGAGGAAGACCGAAGAGGAGCGAAUCGAGCCACAGACCUGGGAUGCUCUCUUGGUGGAGGAUCGCAUAAAGCCCAACGUCACCAACAAGGUUUUCAUGGAUAUCGAGCUGGAUGGCAAGCCAGCCGGGCGGAUUGAAUACGGGCUCUUCGGUGAGCUCCUUCCGGUCACCACGGAGAACUUCCUUGGCCUCAUCAAGG